GACUCGCCAUAUCCUCAACAACCCAGAGAGCCGUAAAGUUAAAUUAAAGCAACGCCGCCCUGGUGAUCUGGAGCAUUAGUAACGCGGUUUACGCCACGGUUACACGCGCCCAGGUGCGAUCCGGGCGCACAGCAGAGGGGUUAGGCGCACAUUUGUCCCUUUAAGUGAGUGACCGAGAAGUAACUUCGCGGUAAAAGUCAACCCAGCGACGGACCAAACGACGGGAAGGUGCGAUGUCUGAUCCUGCCCCCAGCGAGGGGAACACGAGGAGGUCCUCCGGCGUGGCACGUGGAAACCGACCGCCGGAUUUGGAGCUGUCGCAAACCACGUUCAGCGCGCCCGAGCUGGGGACACCUGUGGACACUUUUCUCGACAGAGACAAAAUGCCCGAGGACGGGAGCACCCCCAUCGAGGUGCCCCCCGUCCACAUCCACCCGUACUUAUCCCAUCCCCGGAUGUCUGUGCGGAUGUCGGUGUACAGCACCGGGGUCCGUCCUAUCCUGACGCGCGCCUACGUUCAAGGACGCGUGUAUAACUUUCUGGAAAGGCCGUCUGGCUGGAAGUGCUUCGUGUAUCACUUCACAGUGUUUCUCAUAGUUCUAGCCUGUCUGAUCCUCAGCGUUCUGUCUACCAUCGAGCAGUACCAGGCCCUGGCUCAUACGACACUCUUCUGGGUGGAGAUCGUCCUUGUGGUGUUCUUCGGCGUGGAGUAUUUUGUCCGCCUCUGGUCGGCAGGCUGCCGCAGUAAAUAUGUUGGCAUCUGGGGCCGGCUGCGCUUUGCCAGGAAGCCAAUAUCUAUUAUCGAUCUGAUUGUAGUUGUUGCCUCAGUAAUUGUGCUGUCCGUGGGCUCCAAAGGCCAGGUGUUUGCCACCUCUGCUGUAAGAGGGAUUCGCUUCCUGCAGAUCCUGCGAAUGCUCCACGUGGACCGGCAGGGAGGAACGUGGCGUCUCCUGGGCUCUGUUGUCUUCAUCCAUCGGCAGGAGCUGAUCACUACCUUGUACAUUGGCUUUCUGAGCCUGAUCUUCUCCUCGUACUUUGUCUACCUGGCAGAGAAAGAUGCAGUGGACAGCAGCGGCUCCACCGAGUUUGGAAACUACGCCGAUGCCCUGUGGUGGGGAGUGGUGACAGUGACCACUAUCGGAUAUGGAGACAAAGUGCCACAGACUUGGAUCGGAAAGACCAUCGCAUCCUGUUUCUCGGUCUUUGCCAUCUCCUUCUUUGCUCUGCCCGCAGGAAUCUUAGGCUCAGGCUUUGCCUUGAAGGUGCAGCAGAAGCAAAGACAGAAGCACUUCAAUAGACAGAUCCCCGCAGCUGCCUGUCUCAUUCAGACAGCAUGGAGAAGUUUUGCGGUGGAGAACUUGGAUUCGGCCACAUUCAAGACGUUUUUGAGAAAGCGAUCCAACAUCCCCGCCUCGUCUCUGUCCACCCCCAAGCCCAAGAAAUCGGUGAAGAUAAGGAGGAAGUUGAAGAGCAACGACAAGGACAACGGUCCAACGUCUCCCACAAUUCCCAGCAUCACCUACGACUCUGUAUUCGACAGUGGGAGGGAGCUGAGCUCAGAUGUUUACAGCACUGUGGGCACAGCAGGAUCUCACGCUUUGGGAGGAUGCGAUCUCCAGCAGUCCUGGACGUCUUUGUCUUCCCUUCAGUUCAGCUCACCGCCUCCAGUGAAAAGAAACCCUGGCCUUCUGGACAUCCACUCCCCCGGCCCCCUCCAGAGGAACUGCAGCUUCGCCGACGACCUGGAGCUGGAGCCGGAGCGGCACAGCGAGCUGUAUCCUGCCACCUCAGUGUCACAAUUGACAGAGUCGCACCGAAAGGCCAUCAGGGUGAUCCAGAGAAUGCGUUAUUUCGUGGCCAAGCGGAAUUUUCAGCAAGCCCGUAAGCCGUACGACGUGCGAGAUGUGAUCGAGCAGUACUCCCAGGGCCACCUCCACCUCAUGGUGCGGAUCAAGGAGCUGCAGAGAAGACUGGACCAGUCUUUAGGGAAGAUAACUUUGUUCCAGACGAGCUCAGACCGAGCCAAAGACAAAGGCAACAACUCCAUUGGAUCCAGACUCAACAGGAUGGAGGACAAGAUAACACAAAUGGACCAGACCCUGAACCGCAUCGCAGAAUCCCUCACCUUCCUGCUGGACCAGAGGGACGUCGCUGAGGGUGAAGGUGGAGGCCGGUCAGGUCAGGGCAGGCCGCGGCUUAGACGGACCUUUGCUGUCGUCCCCAGCCACGACAGCCUGCCAAGCUACGACCAGCUAUCGUCGUCGCCUUCGUCCUUCUCCUUCAGCCCCGCCGCCUGCCCCAACCCUCCCCUUAGCGCCGCCGCCAGUCAGGACGAGAGCUGCUGAAAGCUAACAGCCUCAACGUUUUUCUCUUUUUUAACAUGAUGUAUUCAGGUUCUAAUGCAGUUUCUUUUUUCUCUCUAUUAAGCUGUCUAAUGCUCACAACUGAUUUAAAGGAUAUCCAUUUCACUUUC